AUGACCGAUCCCUUUUCAAACCCAUUCGUGCAAUCCUCAAGCUCCCACCUUGUGGAGAACAGGUCUAGUGAUGACGAAGCGAGCAGAGCGACACAAUCGAGUCGCGAAUUUAGGUCUGAAUGGAGGAAUGGUCCUUUCGACGACUUCCAGAAUUCGGAAUGGCGCCAAGACCUUGCGCAAUUUCCAGAUGUUCCAGCAGACCUGCAAGAUGUAGGAUCGCAUGUGGGUGAUAGCACGACCGCUGAAGACGCGCUUUUGUUGCGAUAUGGAUUGGACAAAUCCUGCUUGCCACCUCAGCUAGAGUCGGCUGGUCACUUAGGGAUAUCGGCUUUGAAUGGUGGGAAGGUCCUCGUCAAAAGGGCUGCGAGAUCCGAUAUUGGUCCAUCGGAAGCGCUGAUGAGAGAGAUCGCGGUACUGAGUGCUGUUUCGGACAGGCAUGUUCCAGAUCUGGUUGAAAGUACAGAGCUUCUGGGAUAUAUCUGGACCGUCACUGAAUGCAAGCCUGGGAUAUCUUUGCAACAUUACAUGCAAGCUCAUCAGCCACUAUCCGGCGACCAAAUCAAGUCACUCAUUACACAGCUCUUCUCUGGAGUGGCCGUCAUCUUCAACUCGGGCUUUGCUCACCUACGGAUUUUCGAUGAGACGGUUUUUGUCGAUGACGCUGGUGAGCUUACCAUUAGAGAUUUUCAGCACGCCUACAAAUACACGAUGGAAGCUGUCGAUGACAUCAACGCAUCUGCCGACGCAAAAAUUGGCGAUGACAUAUUCACUGCACCAGAAGUGUUUUCAAAUGUUCGAUAUAAUGCGCGCAAGGCUGUAAUGUGGAGCUGUGGUGUGAUUGUCUAUCUCAUAUGCACAGGCCAGACAGAUCGGCUUUCGAACCUGGCCCAUCCUGCAUUUGAAAGUGAAAUUUCAACAAAAUCGAAGAGAAAAAUGUCUACCGCUUCGCAACAAGCAUUGAAAGUUCCAGUCGUGAAUUACCCUGAUCGCUUCACAGUACCUGCCUGGGCCAGAGACAUCAUCUCCAAAAUGCUCCAAGUGGAACCUCUCAAGCGAGCCGAAUUGAUCGAAGUAGCCGCAAAGGUGCCCAAGGAAUUCGUGGGCAAAGAGACGAGACCAUUGAUGGAGUUGGCGUGGCUCGACUAUAAGUCACACGUUGGUCCUCUUGCAGGUUUAUCGCAAGGCGCUUCCGAUGAUUCUAGUUUGUUCUCUUUUGGUGGAUCAAGCGUCUUCAGCAGACAGUCGUUUAGCCAACUGCUUCCCGGUCGGAGGAAGAGCUCCGUUGCUAGAAACUGGACGGCGGCGGCUACACCGACUGAUGCCGGUAGGAGGAAAUCCUUCUUCAGAUAG